AUGGCCAAGCACUUUGAUGCCGAUUACUACAACACGCUGAGCGACGACGACAAGAAGGCCCUGAUCAAGUGUUGCCAGAGCGGUAUCGACAACGGUGACUCGGGCAUGGGCUGCUACGCCAUGCAGCCAGCCGAUUACGACCGCUUCAAGCCCUUCUUCAGCAAGGUCCUGGCCGACUACCACAAGGUGAGCGAGGACGCCAAGCACACCAACAACUGGGACCUGUCGGGUGUCGAGGGUCUGCCUGCGGACGGCUGCCUGGACCUGGCUGCCCUGGGUUUGCCGGCGCUGUCGAUGCGCGUGCGCGUGGGUCGCAACCUGGCCGACUUCCCGCUGCCGGGCGCCAUGACCAAGGACGACCGUGUCAACCUGGAGAAGAAGAUGUGUGAGGCCUUUGACAAGCUCAAGGCCAUGCCCGAGUACGGCGGUGGCUACAACUCGCUGACGCCCGAGCACCCGGACCAUAUCAGCGAGGAGGCGUACCAGCAGCUGGUCAAGGACCACAUCAUGUUCAAGGACAUGGCGGCGGAUCCAUACCUGGCGUCGGCUGGUAUUGCGGCCGACUGGCCCUAUGGCCGUGGCUGCUACGUGUCGGAGGAUCGUGGCUUUAUCAUCUGGGUGGGUGAGGAAGACCACCUGCGCAUCAUGUGCAUGCGCAAGGGUACGGUGCUGAACGAGGUGUUUGACCGCCUGAAGACGGCGCUGGACGUGGUCAACGACAUUGAGGGCCUGUCCUUUGCCAUGUCACCCGACUACGGUGUGGUGACGAGCUGCCCGACCAACCUGGGCACGGGCAUGCGCGCGAGCGUGCACAUUGGCCUGCCCAACCUGACGGCGGAUGGCACGGAUGCAAAGGCCAAGGAGGUGUGCCGCCCGCUGGGCCUGUCGGUGCGUGGCAUCGGCGGCGAGCACACGCCAAUUGGCGAGGGCGGGGUGUGCGACAUUUCGCCUAGCGCACGCUUCUGCAUAACGGAAGCUCAGAUUAUCACGGCCCUGUACACGGGCAUCAAGCUUCUCAAGGAGGAGGAGGACAAGGCUGGAGAGGCGUCAUCAGCAUGAACCAUGAGCGUGAAUUUAUGUCACCAGCCAACUGCAUGUGGGGCCCGCUGUGCCCCGUGUUGUGUCUUGGAUAUGCAAAGCUGUCACCCUGGCCCGAUGGCCGGAAAUUGAAGUUUCUAAUGGU